AGCCAGAAGAAAACAUUUACUUCAGUUCCUUCAUACUUCAGUUUAUUUACAAUAUUUCUUCACAGAACGAUUGUUAAAUGGCAAAGUGGAAAAAAUCAUCAGGGAAUGAGGAAGAAAUUACAUGUCUUGACCAGCUAGAGAAUAAAGAAUGGGAUGAUCAGUCAAUUAAAUCCUUGAACCCAUGUUGUAACAACAUGAAAAUUAUUGAAAAAAAACUGACCAUUGCAAUUGCAGCCAUUGUAAUACUGUAUAUUAUUGUCCUGGGUCACCUUGUCUUCACUAUUAAACUACAAGGACGUGUUGCUGUUCUUGAAAGUAGGGAACAUUUUGAACAACAAAAUAUUCAUGCUGAAAAAAGUAAGAAAGACCUAGAGACAGACCCCAUACGCAAUUACUCUCAGACCAUACAGGAGUUACUAGGAAACCUCUCAGAUUGCAAAGCACAAGCCUCACACAACUCAGAAGGACUCAAAAACCUGAAUGAAAUUAUAAAUAACACAAUACUACAGUAUGGAACAACUGAAAAUCGAGUUCAAUCCAUUCAUAAUGUAGUUGAACAGUUAACAACUUCACUGGAUGACAGCAAAAUGAAAAUGGAAUACAUUAAUACAACUAUUUCUGAAAAAGUAUUUUUAAUAGAAGAGGAAAUUGGACAGCAGUACUCAUAUUUUCGAAAUACCACAACAGAAUUUGUUGAUGUGAAACAAAAAUAUAUUAUCCUGGAACAAGAACUAAAAGAGGAAGUGAAAACUCUGAAUCAAGUCACGAAUGACCUCCAGUUACGUGACUGGGAACAAUCAAGUACAUUGAAAAAUUUAACACUAAUUCAAGGUCCCCCAGGGCCAAAAGGAGAAAAGGGUGACAGAGGCGUCGCAGGAGUAAUGGGAAUGAGUGGACCUAGAGGUGCUUCUGGGCUAAAGGGUGAGAAAGGAUCCCCAGGAGAAUCUAGACUGGGUAUACCAGGUCCUAAAGGUGAAAAGGGUCAGAAAGGAGAAAGAGGAAAUGGUGAAACAGCAGAAACAGCAUUCUCAACAGAAGCAGCUGCAUCUCCUGCAAGCCCUACCAGCAUACCGGAUUCUCUUGUACGACUCGUUGGUGGGACAAGUCCUAAGGAAGGAAGAGUUGAAGUGUUUCACCUUGGACAAUGGGGUACCAUAUGUGAUGAUCGUUGGGAUACGAGAGACGGUAGAGUGGUCUGCAAGAUGUUGGGAUAUUCAGGCAUUGCUUUAGUCUAUGUUAAUAGAAGAUUUGGUCCAGGAACUGGCCCAAUAUGGAUGGAUGAUGUUGAGUGUUUUGGAAUUGAAAGCUCAAUCAAGAACUGUAGAUUUAAAGGCUGGGGGAUAACAAAUUGCAGCCAUAAUGAAGAUGCUGGAGUCCGGUGCAUAUAAUGUAGAGUCAAUUACAAAAUAUAAUAAGUUUGCAGCUAAAGCUUAGUUUACAACCCCACAUUACACAUUCAAUGAAUUAUACUGGUGCUGUGCCUAUAACCAAUCCCUAACCUGCUUUAAUGCACAAGGACAGCAGAGCUGCCUGCAACAUUAGACAUCAACAGCUUAGUUGCUUAUUGGCUGUCUGUAUAAAUGACAUCUACUAAUGCCCCCUGGUGGUCCUGAAGAAUGUAGACAAAAGGAUUAUCCUCCUGCUAUUUGGGGGAAAGGAUUUUAAGGAAACGGUCCUGCCAAAUUUAUUUUACACCCCUAAUAUAAACUUGGUUAGGGUAAAUGGUUGCCCUGCUCCCUCUUUUACUGGGCACUCCAUUUCCAUCCCUUUUGCACUCGAUCUGGAAAGUAGGGCAGCCAUUUACCCUCCCCUAUUCAAGUUUAUUGACUAGAGUGUCACUUUAAGUAUACGGAGCAAAGCAGUGGGGAUGUAUAAUAAGGGAUAUAUUUCUUGAUCCUCCCAAGUGCCUUGGGUCCUUGGUGGUCCCACAUUUUGCUUCCAUUACAAUCAGAUCAUGCUUAGAAGUAGUUACCAAAAAUUAAAAAAGAAAUAGAGGCAGUGUUACUAGUAUUAUUUUAUGUGGAACAUGUGUCUUGCCUAAAAUGCCAUCCCAAAAAUUAAAUAUUGCUCUAGAAAUUUAUGUGAUGUUCCCUUCAGGGAAUUAAUGUAACAUUGACUGACCAGCCAAUUCAUUUCAGUAUAAACUUCUCACAAUUUAGCAGUAUUACUAAAGAACAUCACAACAGAGGUUUUCAGAAGUGUAAGCAAGUAGCAUAGUUUGAUCUGUAGGAAGACAAAAAAAAAAGGUAGAUGUCAAUAUUCCUUAGCUUAGAAAAAAAAAUCCCCAACUCCAAAUAUAGCAGAAUAAAUCCUUAGAUCAAUGACUUUUCUCUAGACUCUAAUGACUAUAAUAUGUAAUAUAAUUACACUUCAAAAAUGUAUUCAGGCCCUUUUAAACUCUUUUAGUGAGGUCUCCUUGACAUUUUGUUUUCCAACAUAGAGUUUUACUGUUCCUACAGUAAAGAAUCUCCUUCUAUGAUGGUGGUGCCCUCUAGAGGAUUCUCCAAAAUACACUGCUCAAAAAGAAAUAAAGGGAACACUUAAAUAACACAAUGUAACUCCAAGUCAAUCACACUUCUGUGAAAUCACACUGUCCACUCAGGAAGAUACAAUGAUUGAAAAUCAAUUUCACAUGCUGUUGUGCAAAUGGAACAGACAACAGGUGGAAAUUAUAGGCAAUUAACAAGACACCCCCCAAUAAAGGAGUUGUUCUGCAGGUGGUGACCACAGACCACUUCUCAGUUCCUAUGCUUCCUGGCUGAUAUUUUGGUCACUUUUGAAUGUUGACGGUGCUUUCACUGUAGUGGUAGCAUGAGACAAAGUCUACAACCCACACAAGGUGCAGCUCAUCAAGGAUGGCACAUCAAUGUGAGCUAUGGCAAGAAGGUUUGCUGUGUCCGUCAGCAUAGUUUCCAGAGCAUGAAGGUGCUACCAGGAGACAGGCCAGUACAUCAGGAGACGUGGAGGAGGCCGUAGGAGAGCAACAACCCAGCAGCAGGACUGCUACCUCCACCUUUGUGCAAGGAAGAACAGGAGGAGCACUGCCAGAGCCCAGCAAAAUGACCUCCAACAGGCCACAAAUGAGCAUGUGUCCACUCAAAUGGUCAGAAACAGACUUCAUGAGCAUGGACUGGCCCGCCCGUUCUACAAAACUGAAUCCAAUUGAGCACAUCUGGGACAUCAUGUCUCACUCCAUCCACCAUUGCACCACAGACUGUCCAGGAGUUGGUGGAUACUUUAGUCCAGGUCUUGGUGGACAUCCCUCAGGAGACCAUCCGCCACCUCAUCUGAAGCAGGGAGGUCAUACAGGCACAUGGAGGCCACACACAAUACUGAGCCUCAUUGGGACUUGUUUUAAGGACAUUACAUCAAAAUUGGAUCAGCCUUUAGUGUGGUUUUCCACUUUGAUUUUGAGUGUGACUCCAUAUCCAGACCUCCAUGGGUUGAUAAAUUUGAUUUACAUUGAUAAUUUUUGUAAAGCACAUUCAACUAUGUAAAGAUGAAAGUAUUUCAUACGAUUAGUUCAUUCAUUCAGUUCUAGGAUGUGUGUUAUCUUAGUGUUCCCUUUAUUUUUUUGAGCAGUGUAUUUUCAUUUACAAUAUGACAAAACUAUUUUACCUAAAUGGCAGCUUUUACAUAGGGAUACACAUAUUUUGAGUAUUUGUUGACCUGUCUGGCCUUUCAAUGUUUAUUCUAUAAGGCUGUGAUUCCAGACCUUUUUUUCAAAGAUUAUUAUUUUUUAAUUUUUUUAUUUCAUGCUUAUUAGAUUAACAACAUAUUUUUAUAGGAGUUAAAGCUUCUUCUUCACAAAACCAUAAAAUUACAUGACAGGAAUUGGAUUACCUGGAGCCACUACUAAGCGUAGCUUCCUUUCCUACUCUACCCUCCAACCACUGUUCUGAUGGUGUCCGUCCCCGCUAUGCAGCCCUUCUCUGUGUUGAUGUUGGCACAUGGCCCUAACCUUUCAGCCAAUUAGUAAAUGUAGAGGGACAUCACUGACACAGGAAAAUGAUGCACAGAGGUGACCAACAGUAUCAGAACAGAGGAGCUAGCGGGAAAGGUAAGCAUAGUCAUUUAUUCUAUUUAACAACAACCUGAUUUAGAAAUAGUUAUUUAAAAAUAUUUAAAAAAUACUGGAAUACAACUUAUAUGGCCAUUGUAAAAAGAAAAAAAAAACAUAUACAA